AUAAAGAUGUAAAGAUUGAUCUGAAAGUAUUGGAAUUUGGAAAAAUUAUAUCACGAUGUAAUUCAAAUUCUAAUCUUUUAAAUGAAUUAAUCUUAGAUAAAGAUCUUAUAAAUCAAAUAAUAACAAAGAAUAAAAAGUUUGCAAAGAGAGAUAAAUUUGAUAAGAUUAUGAAAGAUAUUACCUUUGAAUGGAAAAAUCGAGAUAUUUCAUUAGUUAAAGAUUUGUUAGAUAUUAUCGAAAAUGAUAAUGAAUUCAUAUUGUUUCUUGAAGAAUAUAGAAAUAAUAUUUUAUUAAGUUUUUUAAAUAAUAUUAGAUCAAUAUCUGAAAGAACAAAACUUACAGAAAAAUAUACAUUAAAUAAUGAAUUAGUGAAUAGAAUUCAUAAUUGUUUUAAUUUUGAAAAUAUUUUUUUUAGAAUUUAA